CUGGCUUUCACAUGUCAGCUCUUCCCUUCUCGCCUUUCAACGCUCCUCUGCACUCCGCCUGUAGCUCCUGCUGUUACCGGAUAUUUGGUCGACGUUUCCCCUCACUUGGCUCGAUUUGAACCCAUUUCACCGACUCUAGAAUGACCUGCCGUGUUUUGAAACUUUUUCAAGCUCGAUAAUCGAUCCGAAGCGGCCGCCUGUUGCUGCGGGGAACACCUUUAUCAGUUAAUGGCAUGAAACGAAGCGGCUCGUUCGUCUGCUUUCACAAAGGAGCGCUGGUUUCCUCAGGUGGCAACAGGCUGUCCUCGGAGUCCGGUCACAGCACCGAGCCCCAAGCUGCGACAACACCCGUCAGAAGCCUUUAAAUCCUCGGUGAAGGCGGGAGGGGGAAACCCAGCGAGGAAAUGGCGAGCGACGGCUGUGGCAAAGAUGAUUUGCUGGAGGAUAACCGCGCAGACUCGGGCAUCGAUUCGUACCGCUCCAUACUGAAGUCGGAAGAGCCCCGUGACCCGAGCACCGACUUCAGCGGGCCAAGGGACAAGUUCUCCACCGGGGAGGAGCGCCUGGACUCAGCCUACGGCUCCUCGUCCAUCACGGUGGAGAGUCUGUCGGAGAUAGUGGAGCAGUGCUCGCUGUCCAGCGCCGAAGAGCAGCAGGCACACAUCUGUGAACUCUCUGAACAGGAGGAGAACUUGCUCACGGCUAUCACAGAGGAAGGAGACACAAUCCUGCACUUGGCAAUCAUCCAUGAAGACAAUUUCAUUGCUCAAGAGUUGAUACAGUUAUUUCCAAAAGAAGUCCUGGACAUCCAAAACAAUUUAUACCAGAGCCCUUUGCACCUGGCCACCUACCUGAACUUGACAGAUGUGGUAAAAGGCCUGGUGGAGAAAGGGGCCAGCCUGGAGCUGCAGGACCAGGAUGGGAACACAGCACUGCAUGUGGCCUGCCAACAUGGUCAGACAGAGUGCGCCACAGAGAUGACCCGAGACAUGUCUUCUAGCAAAUUAAUGCCGGUCCUCGAUACACAAAAUUGGAGAGGUCUGCCCUGUCUUCACUUGGCUGCACUGAACAAGCAACAUCAAAUUAUGAAGCUUCUGGUGAAAAAGGGAGCAAACCUGAAUAUCCAGGAAGGAACCAGUGGCAAAACAGCUCUUCACCUAGCCGUUGAGCUGCAUGACAUGACAUCAGUGAAGUUGCUGCUCAGCAGGGGGGCCAAUGUGGAUGCUGCCAUGUUUAAUGGCUGCACAGCCCUGCAUCUUGCUGUGGGCAGACAGGACGCAGCCAUUGCCAACCUCCUUUGCCAAUCUGGCGCUGACACAAUGCUGCGAAACAUGGAGGAUGAGACGGCGCUUGAUCUAGCUGAUGGGAAUGAUGAUAUUCUGGCUCUAUUUCCUUUUGAUGACAUCCAGAUCUCUGGAAGGUCGGUGGUUGGCAUGAAGUUUUGAGCUGAAUCAUUGGUGGAGCUUUCUGGAGCAUUGCUGCAGCUAAAAUUUUUGAAUAAAAGAAUCUGUAUUUAAGCUGAAUUUUCAUUAAAUAGUGCCUCUGUUUGUAAUAUACUCUUGUACCCAGGCAGUUAUAUACGCCAUAUAAAUCCUACUUCCUUCUGGGAAACAGAGUGAUCCUGCUUAAUUGAACACUGAUGAAGAAAAUAUGUUUCUCAGUCACUGGCUCGGUUUUUUUGCUUCUUUUCAUGUGCCUCAGGAGGGAAUGUACUCACCUACAAAACCCACCUCACUGUGACCGGCAAACUUUCUAUCAUUUGUUCAAUGUCCAGAGAAAAAAAAUCUACCUCCUUAUCAUAUUUGCCUUUUAUUGGUUGGCUAUGGCUAGAAAUGGAACAUAAAAACUGCAUCGUUUCACAGCUUCUCAAACUGUCUCACUUCUAUGAUUGCCUUUGUAUUGUGAUGGAAAACAAUUUUUUUAAACUUCGGAAACGUGGCCUUUCCAUGUAGUGUGUAGCAAGACUGUUUGAGGAAGGCAAACAGACACAGAGAAAAAGGAGUAUUCCAUUUACUGAAUAAAAAAUGUAAAUCCUACAAAGACAAACUAAUCACACCCCUGCUUUUGUUAGAAAAAUGAUAUAAAAAUGUAAUAUAUGCCAUAUAAUGUAGCUUGUUCUUUUUGAUUUUUAGGUUUGCUGCUUCAUGUUGUGAAACUAUUUUCUCCAUCUUAUCCUUCAUCUGCAGAAAACUGUUACUGUUCUGUUCUUUUGUGUGUAAUUACAUUGGCCAUUCUAGUGAAUAUAAGCAGUUCUUUUAUUUUGUAAUAAAAAUUUAAAAAUUCA